ACUUGAGCUCUGAAGUUGAUCACAAGUGACAACACGAUGUAUUAAAAAGGUGAACGUUUCCUUUCUGUCGAUAACACUCUAAGUGAUAGAUGGUGGUUUCGAGUAAUUUCUAGUUUCGUGUCCAUUUAUAACAUCCAUCGCAAGAUCGCUUAAGGUAAUCCAAAAUGACCAAGGGAACCUCUAGCUUUGGUAAACGCCGUAAUAAAACUCAUACACUCUGUAGGCGUUGUGGUAGAUCUUCGUAUCAUAUACAAAAAAGUCAAUGUGCUCAGUGUGGUUAUCCGUUCGCAAAAUUACGCUCAUACAACUGGUCUAUUAAAGCAAAACGUAGGAAGACCACUGGAACAGGCAGAAUGCGACACUUGAAAAUUGUUCGUCGCCGAUUCCGAAAUGGAUUCCGCGAAGGUGGUAAACCUUCACCAAAACAAGUACCUUCAACGACUUAAUUAUCAAACAAAUGAUUAAUGUGUAAUGUACUUAUUUAUGAGUGAUGUGGUAAAUAUAUCUGUUACACAUUA